AUGGGGAGUUUGGCUCAUUUGAUUAUUGCCGAGCGUCUGUUGGCUAUGGAGGUUCAGACUCUGGCCAACAGUUUCGUCUCCCUUGAUUCAAAAAUCAAACUUGUUUGGACUGUCCCUAUGAGGAAUUUUUUCCAGUUUCGGUUUCUUCCAUCUCUUAAAGCUGCUACAAAGCUUUCUGGUAAACCUCUUAAGGUCGAAGAGUUCCAGACUAUUAGCGAUUUGCUUGCGUAUGGGAUGUUGUCUGGUUGGAUGACUACUGGAAAGCUUGCUUGUCCUCAUUGCUUGGAAAAUAGUAAAGCAUUCACUUUAAAACAUGGACACAAAAAUUCAUGGUUUGAUUGUCAUCGUCAGUUCUUGCUUAUGGAUCACGAAUUCAGGAAAAUGAAACAAGCAUUUAGAAAUAAUAAAACUGAAAAUGAUCCGCCACCUCGAACAUUGUCAGGAGAGGGAAUUUGGGGAAGGGUUUGUCACUUGCCUAAGGUCACAGAAGUUGCCCGUUAUAGACUACAUGGUUAUGCUUUUGAACAUAAUUGGAAUAAACAGAGCAUAUUCUGGGAGUUACCUGUUAUGGAUGUUAAAGGAAAGACAAAAGAUAACCCAAAAGCUAGAUUGGACUUAAAGGAAUAUUGUAGGCGCCCUGAAUUGAACUUGCAAGAGUUAGCAAAUAAUAAAGUGUUCAAGCCCAAGGCUAGUUUUUCAUUCACUUUGGAGGACAAGCGAGAGAUUUGUCAGUGGGUUAAGAAUUUGUGGAUGCCAGAGGGGUAUGCGUCCAAUUUUGACAAGCGUGCUAAUAUGAAUGAAGGAAAAUUGAUUGGUAUGAAAAGUCAUGAUUGCCAUGUUUUCAUGGAAACUUUGAUUCCUAUUGUAUUUAGCCACCUAUCGAAAAGAAUAUGGAAACGAAUCACAGAGUUAAGUUUGCUCUUCAAGGAUUUAUGUUUUAACACUUCGACGGUAGAAAACCUUAAAAGAAUGGAACAGAAUAUGCCAGUCAUUACCACUAAGCUCGAGAAGAUCUUUCCAUGUGGGUUUUUUGAUGUGAUGGAACAUCUUCCCAUUCCUCUUGUAGAAGAGGCAUGCCUUGGAGACCCGGUUCAAACUAGGUGGAUGUAUCCUUUCGAGAGGACCAUUUGCAAAUGCAAAAAAUUGGCUAAGCAGAGAUCUAAGAUUGAAGGAUCUAUUUGCGAAGUGCCCAACCGUAAUGAUGAGGGUGGGGUUGAUCCUAACUACCCACCAAUGUCCAUCUUUAAUCAACCAGGACAAGGUUCUAAAAAGCCUCCAAAACGAACCAUGAGUAGUAUGGAGAGGCAAUCAGCUGUGACACAUGUUGUGCUCAAUUGCCCUGAAAUUCAAGUUUAUCAUACGGGAGAACAUACCCAAUUUGUGAAAGAUAUAGCUCUUGGACCAGGCACUGAAGUUAAGACAAUGAAAAAGUACAUUUUUAAUGGUUACAAGUUUCAAACCGAAGAAGUUUCUCAAUAUAAGAAGACGAAUAAUAGUGGAGUGUGCAUUAAAGGCGAUGCUGAUGGUAGCGGUGUAACUGUUGAUUAUUAUGGUGUGCUGCAGGAGAUCAUACAACUUAAGUAUCCAAGUUACCCUAAGAAGAAGAUAAAAUUAUUUCGGUGCAAGUGGUUUUAUCCAAGCCAAAGAGGUACAAGGGUGAAUUUCCAGCAUAACGCUGAUUGGUGGGUGGUUAUAAAGACUAAGCCUGUGGGGAGGAUUAAGGUCGAUAAUGUGUUAGAUGUGGCAUAUCAAAAUGAUGUACCAGUUGUUCAUCAGACAGUGGACACAGACUUAGAAAAUAGUUUAGAACAUCCUCAACACAGAUUAGAAGAAUUUGAUGAAGAUGAUGUAACUAUCAUAGAAAAUGUUGAGCAAAAAUCGACCGAUGGUCCUGAAACAAGCGAUGGGGAAGAAUCAUCUGGUGAAAAUGAAACAACCAAGGAUGAGUGGGAGGAGGACUAG